AUGAGAGUAGUGGCUUUGAUCAGUGGUGGGAAGGACAGCUGCUAUAAUAUGAUGCAGUGUGUUGCUGCUGGGCAUCAGAUCGUUGCUCUAGCUAAUUUAAGACCUGCUGAAAACACAGGGCAGACUGAUGAACUGGACAGCUAUAUGUAUCAGACAGUAGGACACCAUGCCAUCGACCUGUAUGCUGAGGCAUUGGAUUUGCCACUCUACCGUGGUUUCAUAAAGGGGAGAAGUGUCAAUACUGGAAGAGUGUACACCCCCUGUCAGGAAGAUGAGGUUGAAGACCUUUACCACCUCAUGAAACUUGUCAAGGACAAAGAAGGAGUGGAGGGGGUAUCUGUGGGAGCCAUUCUUUCUGACUACCAGAGAGUUCGAGUUGAAGAUGUAUGCAGAAGGCUGAACCUUCAGCCUUUAGCUUACCUUUGGCGUCGGAACCAGGAAAUCCUACUUAAAGAAAUGAUCUCAUCUAACAUUCAAGCCAUAAUCAUUAAAGUGGCAGCUUUUGGUUUAGAUCCAGAUAAACACCUAGGAAAAACUCUGAAUGAAAUGGAACCUUACCUUUUGAAGCUUUCUGAGAAAUAUGGAGUCCAUGCUUGUGGAGAAGGUGGAGAAUACGAAACAUUCACGCUGGACUGCCCUCUGUUCAAGAAGAAAAUAGUUGUGGAUUCAGACAAGGUGGUUGUGCAUUCGGCUGAUGCAUUUGCACCUGUGGCCUACCUUCAAUUUUUAAAGUUACAUCUGGAGAACAAACAGGAAGAAACCUCAGGUGCAUUUAUGGUCAGAAGGUGUUCUUGUGAGCUGAGCUGCAAUGAGGAUGAUAUUCUCCCUUUAUCAGAAGAGGAUGAACCACAGGAAGACACUCCAGUCAUCUGGAAGUCUUUGAAACAGAAUCCUUUGGAUUUUAAUAAGAAGUUAGGAAGGUCAGGAAAAUCCCUGAGUGGUUACCAGUGGUUUUCAGGUAUCACUGCCUACUUUCUUCCAUCAAAAGGCAAAAGUGCUCAAGAGGCAGCAAGGGAGGCAUUUUCUUCUCUCCAAGCUAAUCUGACUUCAGAGGGAUUGGAACUGAAGGAUAUCGUUUUGGUUCAUCUGUAUGUGAAGAGCAUGAAAGAUUUCAAUGUUAUAAAUUCAAUUUAUGUGGCAGAAUUUGAUUUGUGUCCACCAGCAAGAGUAUGUGUGGAAACUGUGCUACCUGAUGGAGUACUGUUCUGUAUCGACUGCCUUACAAACAAGUGUGACCUUGCAAGAGAUGAUGUGUGUGAUGGUGGUGAAAAGCUGGUCAUGCAUGUGCAGAGCAUCUCCCACUGGGCACCUGCUAGCAUAGGACCUUACAGUCAGUCCAUCAAGGUUGGAGAUGUUCUCUACUGUGCUGGACAGAUUGCUCUAGUCCCUUGCACGAUGCAGCUGGUUAGCGGUGGCAUAGGGCCUGAGGCCAUGAUGUCCCUCCGGCAUGUUGAGAGAGUUCUUCAAGCUAUGAGCCAGAAGGUUGCUCUCCACCACGUCAUCACAGCCACCUGCUACCUUACUGACAGCAAGCACAUUCCUACUGCUCGCUCUGCAUGGCAGAAGAGAUUAAGAGAACAUGCAAAGGCUGCUGAUUCAGAGCUGUGCCAGGACGUAGCUGCAGCUGGACUGCUUGCUGUGGUGGUAGUCCCUCAGCUCCCCAGAGCUGCUGCCAUUGAAUGGCACGUCAUCGCAGCAGCCGAUCAGCCUCUCCAAAGAAAGCACUAUGCCACAAAGGUGUUGUCAGGGGCCUUCCAAAUCGAGUGUGAGUCCGUGGAGUCCAGUUCUGCAUCUUGUGCAGCAGUCUCUGUACAACUCAGCUUAAUUUCACCCUCCACUUCUCAGCCUGAUUUAGAUGGAAUUCUUCAUGACUUAGUUGCUGUCUUUCGACAAGCUGUUGAGAAACUUUCGGGAGACUGCGGUGCAAGUCCCUUGUCUCUUAGAGCUUUCUUCAAGGAGGGUGUCUUUGAUGCUGAAGCACUACAGACAGGACUGCAAGAACACCUUGACAAAUAUUUGGGCAAGAAGACUCCGGCUCUGAUUUUAGUGCCUGUGGUAGAUUUACCAGGCAAGGAAGUUAUUCAUAUAGCCUGCUGGCUAAGCUAG